GAUUCAGGUAACUAAAGUAGGGCAGCAGCGCCACCUGCAGUUCGCUCGGAGAAUGCCAGUCACACACCAGAACUCAGCUCCGGGGCAGUUCAGACAAUAGCUGCUCGCUCCUACGGAUGCUUUGGUUCUCCGGUUUCAGAAACGCCGUGUAAUGCUUUCUAGUAAAGGGCGCUGCCUGCCGGGAAGCACGAGUCGUUUCCAAGGAUAGAACAUCCUAGAGGAGGGGAGGGACGGCAACUUUCGAGAGCAGGGCUAGAGCAGCAGUUCUCCUGGGGGCGGAGCUGGACGGAGCGGAAGCGCCGCUAGAGGCGGGGCGUCCCCUUUUCCGGAAGGCGGUGCCUCUCGGGUGCGUUUGACCGGGCGCUCCACUAGCGCCACAUACGUCAGCCUGACUGGUGGGGCUGCACGUGGUCUGCUGCGUUCCUCUGCCUGGGUCCCCCGGAUACGACUUGCACGCUGCAUAAUCACCCCAGAAGCCUUGUGAAUUUUAGUUCCUGUCAGUUCUCUUCCCUGUAUUCUAAUCUACACAAAAGUAUAUAUUUGAAGUUUCUGCAACAUGAUGGUUUGGGAAUUGCCACUGUUGAACUGAUUGAGAUAACCAUUGGUGUCCAGUAUACAUAGAAAGUGCAGCAUUAAGAUUAUCUUGUUUUUGGAUGAUCAAAAAACAAGCUCCAGACAAUGGGGAAGAACAAAGGGAAAGGGCAAAAGAUCAAGGAUGUAUUUCAUAUUGCUAAGAAGAAUUUGAAGGCUAAAAAUAAAGCUAAACCAGUUACCACAAAUCUUAAGAAGAUAAACAUUGUGAAUGAAGAAAAAGUUAGAACUGUAAAUAAGGCAUUCAUAGAUAUCCAAAAAGAGCUUGCACACUUCUCGAAAAGGCUGUCACUUGAACCUGAUCACCUGUGCUCUUCAAGUGAAACAAUUACGGUGGAUGAUGCCACAAGAUUAAUGGCUCAGUUGUAAUAUAUAUUGGAAGUAUCUGGAUUCUAAGAAAUGGACCAACAAAACUGGUGCUUGUAUAGUUUUAUUUUUUAAAAAUGUUAAUGUACAGGCAUUGGCACAUUUUAAUGCAAACUACAAAGGCUUUCCUAAAAUCUAGGAAAGUGGAAUGUCAAGAAGUCAACACAAAACAUGAAAAACUUAAAGUGCUAAAACAGAAAGGCACUUCACAAAAUUUGUUCAUCUAAACAAUUCAUGUGUUAUUUUAUAUCCUUCACUUUGCAAAUGGCAGUGAAAACUCAUUGGACUAGAAGGACAUAAAUAAAAAUAUGGACAGCU